AUGGAACAGCCAACUCACAUUAUCGACCCAGACGGUGAAGUGAUGAUCGUCCUGAGCAAUGCGAAUGCCCCAUUUGCGUCUGAAGCUUAUAUCACAGAGAAGAAAGUCGAAAAGGAUGAGGAUGAGGAUGAGGAUGAGGAUUAUGACAAGUCUACCGAGUUUGGAAUGAGCGAAAUGGCCACCAGUGCUUCGGGCGUUCGUCACAAUGAGCAAAACAACGACAAAAAGUCGGAUCUCCCUCGUUUCUGCAUCCAAGUAUCCGCGAAACAUCUGACGAGUGCCUCCCCCCUCUUCAAGAAGGCAUUCACAAGCUCAUGGAAAGAGAGUAUCACAUUCCUACAAAAGGGAUCCGUCGAAAUCAUAACAGGGGACUGGGACAUCGAAGCGUUUCUAAUUCUGCUGCGAAUCAUGCAUUGCCAAUUCAAUCAGAUGCCGCGAAAACUUACCGUCGAAAUGCUUGCGAAAGUCGCUUUUAUUGCGGACUACUUCGAGUGCAAGGAUGUGAUGGGGCUUUUCAUGAAUAUUUGGGUAGAGGCUUUGGAUGAGAGACUCCCUGGGAUAUAUUGUCGGGAUUUGGUCUUGUGGUUGUGGAUUUCUUGGGCUUUUCGGUAUGAGAAGCGAUUUCAUAUGAUCACCGCGACGGCCAUGUCGCAUAGCAAUGGUGUAAUCAGUAAUUUCGGACUCCCAAUUCCUGAUCGGGUCAUUGAAUCUAUGAACCGCCACAGACAUGAAGGUAUCGAGGAAAUUGUCGACCUACUGCAUGAGAAACACGAGGCUCUGCUGGACGGUAAGCUGGGCUGUGGAUUUGAAUGCAGCUCAAUCAUGUACGGAGCUUUGACAAAGGAAUUGAAGUCGCAUGCAAUGCUUUCUCCACGACCUUCCCGUCCAUUCCAGGGUUUGAACUACAGUCAGCUUGUGAAGCAUGACGUCAACCUCGAACGAGUGUACGUAGCUCCGACCAACGCACUUGACUCGGCAGCGCAGAAAAGAGGUCAGGGCUUGGAUCGGCAAUGCAGGAUGAUGUGCACAGCCGAUACAGAUGGCAUUGGCGGGCGUGGACGGCUCGGGGGACAUGGGGCCGAUGUUUACGUUCAGGGGAGAAGCUUUGCGGGUGGUAUGUAA